GUUAAAUAGAAGAAAAAAAAAUCAAAUGAAAUUUUUGAAAAGAAAAAAGUGCAGAAAUCGAGACAAAUGAACAAUUUUUCUAGCUAAACUUGUCGUGGGAAGCCGAGAGAUACUCACCAACUACGUACUCUCUGAUGAGCUCAGACAUCUCUGUGAUGUCUCCUUAAAAUAAAUUUAAGAUUACCGUCACAUUCAAUGUCACACCGUCUUCAUCUCUCAAUUCAAACACCUCCCUCAUUCACGCUUCUUCCUGUUUUUCUCUCUUCGUAUCAUCUUUUUCUUGUAGCAAAAAAAGCUUCUUUCAUUGUCCAAUCUCCAUGUGGAUCUGCAUUUUUUCGUAUUCAAGAUCUAAUUAGGAAACCCAGAAAUUGUUUCCUGGAUUUUCAAUAGUAAAUCCAUUUCUCAUGGAUCAUGUGAGCAGAAGCUUCAUGACCCAUGAAUCACUACCCAUUUCACCAAUCACAAGUCCAAGAAACACAAUCUUCGGUACUCACAUGCACUCUUCGGGUGCUAGUUUCCCAAUCAUAGCGAUUGCCAUUAUAGGAAUUCUUGCCACAGGUUUCUUGCUUGUGAGCUACUACAUCUUUGUCAUCAAAUGCUGUCUCAACUGGCACCGGAUCGAUCUUCUAAGGCGAUUCUCUCUGUCGCGAAAUCGAGGAAAUGAAGAGACUUCAAUGGUCUAUUCUCCGGCAGUAGAGACUCGGGGUCUCGACGAAGCUGUUAUUAGAUCAAUCCCAGUAUUUCAAUACAAGAAGGGAGAGAAGAACAGAGACUUCUGCUGUGAAUGUGCUGUUUGUCUGAAUGAGUUUCAAGAUAAUGAGAAGCUAAGGAUUAUACCAAAUUGUAAACAUGUUUUUCACAUUGAUUGUAUUGAUGUUUGGCUCCAAAACAAUGCGAAUUGUCCUCUCUGUAGAACAAGCAUUCCGAGCACAAUUCGAUUCCAAUUGGAUCAAAUCAUAAUUCCCACUUCAGCCCCUGAAGAACAGAGUCCUUGCAGUGGAAUUCUCAUUGGAGGCGAUGAAGAGUUUGUUGUUAUUGAAUUGGGUAAUCACAUUCACACUCCUUCUGAAGCACAAGAAAGGAAUACUUCAAGCGAUUUGUCGGGAAGCUCGAUUAGUCCUCCAUCGAGGAAGAAAGAACAGAGAGUUCUGCCUACAAAGCUUCUUCAUAAGAAGGUUACAAGCAUGGGAGAUGAAUGUAUUGACAUUAGAAACAAAGAUGAACAGUUUGCAAUACAACCCAUCAGGAGAUCAUUUUCGAUGGAUUCAUCUGCAGAUCGACUGCUGUUUUUGUCAAUUCAAGAGAUUGCGAGGGAGAGCAAUCAAGUUAGUGAGGUAAAAAGUCCUGUUGAAGGUUGUAGUAGUAGAGCUAGAACAACUUGUUUUUCAUUUAGUCAUGGUAGAGGAUCCAGAAAUGCAGUUCUGCCUGUCCAUUUGAAGCCAUGAAAUCAUUUGUUUUAGAUUCUUUCCUUUCAGUUGAGAUUAUUUUUAACGUUGGAAUGGCAUAAUGUUUUUCUUUGUGGUCCAUUGUAUUAUAUGACUUAAAGAGCCAUGAUUGUGAACAAUAUCAUUACAAAGUUUUGUUUUUCUU